CAGGUCCUCUUGUACCCGCUGCGUGGGGACAGCCAUGCAUGAGAACUCGUCCCUUUGAUCGUAGUGCCUCGCCCACAGCGGCUGCACCACACAGCAUCGUCGCCGCUGUCUCGGUUAUUCAAGAGGUACAGGGGACGGUGCGCGGCUGACUGUCUCUCCAAACUUCAUACUACCGCCUCUGCUACUUGAGACCCCCGUCAGGAUGGAGCGGUGGUCAGGUCGUGUGGCCCUGGUGACUGGUGCCAGCAUGGGGAUCGGUGCCAGCGUGGCCAGGAGGCUGGUGGCUGAGGGCAUGAAGGUGGUGGGAGCAGCUCGUAGCAUUGACAAACUACAGGCCUUGGCAGACGAACUCAAGGGCCAACGAGGCAAGUUUAUCCCCAUCAAGUGUGACAUCACCAAGGACGAGGAGGUGCUGGCCAUGUUCGCCAAGAUCAAGGUGGACCUCGGAGGUGUGGACGUGUGUAUCAACAAUGCAGGAUUCGCCCACAACAAGAGACUGCUCGAGGGGAGCCCCAAGGAGUGGCGCGAGAUGAUGGAUCUCAACGUUGUGGCUCUGUGCUUAUGUACGCGUGAGAGUAUUGCUUCCAUGCGAGAACGCGGCGUUGACGAUGGACACAUCAUCCACAUCAGCAGCGAGGACGGUCAUUAUGUCCCCCCGGACAUUGGUUUUCACUUCUACUCCGCCACCAAGUUCGCCGUAAAAGCACUCACUGAGGGACUGCGGCAGGAGCUGAGGGAAGCGAACUCCAACAUCCGGAUAUCUGCCAUCAGUCCAGGUUGGGUGGAGACUGAGUUUGUUGUGAACUGUCACUUGGUAGAGGAUGCAAGUGCGGCUAAGAAGUUCUACGAGGAACAGAGGAGCUUGAGCGCAGAUGACAUCGCCGCCACUUUAGUCCAUAUUCUCACUGCCCCUCCCCAAGUUCAGAUCCAUGAUGUGCUGAUUCGCCAUGCAAGACAAGCCUCGUGAAUGGUAACUCUCUCUCUCUCUCUCUCUCUCUCUCUCUCUCUCUCUCUCUCUCUCUCUCUCUCUCUCUCUCUCUC